CCCGGGGUGAUUGAGAGACGCUCCCCGGGUCCCGGGGUGAUUGGGAGACGCUCCCCGGGUCCCGGGGUGAUUGAGAGACGCUCCCCGGGUCCCGGGGUGAUUGGGAGACGCUCCCCGGGUUCCGUGCGGCUUCAGGCGGAGGAGAAGCUUCGGCCUCUCGCUGUUUGUUGCGGGAUUGAAGCGGCGGCCUCCCCGGGGAGAGAGUCUGGGUCCCGGCCCAGGCCCGCAGUGAGGCCCCGGCCCCAGGCCCGCAGUGAGGCCCCAGGCCCGCAGUGAGGCCCGGUCCCUCCGGAGACCCCCCUCCCCCUCCCCCUCCCCAUGCGGGGCGGGGCGGCGUUGGCCGGUCUCCGGCUCCGGACCAGCUUCGAGUUUGGGAACCGGGAGGUGGCGAAAUGGUUCCCCGGACACAUGGCGAAAGGACUCAAAAAGAUGCAAGCCAGUCUGAAAAAAGUGGAUUGCAUUAUUGAAGUUCAUGAUGCCAGGAUUCCUUUGUCUGGACGUAACCCUAUGUUUCAGGAGGCCCUGGGUGUCAGACCCCAUCUACUAGUACUAAACAAAAUGGAUUUGGCUGAUUUGACAAGUAAACAGAGAAUCCUGAGACAGUUGGAACAGCAAAGAAUCCAAAACAUUCUCUUCACGGAUUGCCUACGAGACAGAGAUGUAAACGUGAAGAAAAUUGUUCCUGCUGUUACAGAGCUCAUUCAGAAAAGUGACCGGUUUCACAGAACAGAGAACUUAGAAUAUUGCUUGAUGGUAAUUGGUGUACCAAAUGUUGGCAAGUCGUCUCUCAUUAAUGCCAUGCGAAGGAUGUAUUUAAAAAAAGGCAAAGCCUCCAGGGUUGGUGGAGAGCCAGGGAUUACCAGAGCCGUGCUCACAAAGAUACAGGUUUGUGAAAGGCCCCUCAUCUAUCUAUUAGAUACUCCCGGUGUCUUUUCUCCACGUAUAGAAAGUUUGGAAGUUGGAAUGAAACUGGCACUCUGUGGAACUAUAUUGGACCACUUAGUAGGAGAAGAAAUAAUUGCAGAUUAUCUACUUUUCACACUGAAUAAACAACAGAAGUUUGAUUACGUUGAGCGAUAUCAGUUGGGAGAGCCUUGUGAUGAUCUGCAGACUGUGCUCAAAAAAAUAGCCGUCAAACUCGGCAAGACACAGAAAGUAAAAGCCAUCACUGGUGUUGGUGACAUAAACAUCCUCAUGCCAAACUACAGUGCAGCUGCAUAUGACUUCAUCAGGGCAUUCCGGAAAGGUGAACUGGGAAAGGUCAUGCUGGACUGACGUUAACGCACCUAGUUUUAAACAAUGAAGAGCAGAACAUCUUACCAAAGAUUUGAGAUGGCCAAAGUUCCAUUGUGGGAACGAUCUGCAUCACAGUGUAUUGGAGCACUUCUUAAAAUACCUUUCACGUCAUGUGAAAUACUAAUUCAAAAAUGAAUGUUGCCUGACUGAUGAACAUGUUGAACAUGGCUGUUUUAUGUUCAAAGUUCAAGGGUUUCAUUCUCGGUGAGUUUUGGGAAUGACAACCAAAUAAAGUUGGGAACUCUUGUACAAAUGCCAAAUGGUUGGAAACAGCCUGAAUAUAUAAUACUCAUGACAAAAAUAAAGAACUGAACAAUAAAUCCAUCACUGCUGCCUUUUCAGAUCAGGUAAAAACUGAGAGUAGUUUUGGUUAAAAAUAUGCGAUGUAGUUUUUUGCAAGUCGGUCAAGAUAUCAACACAGUCUUCAAUAAAACUAGGUUACAUGAAGAAGUUUCACAAUUGCCCCAAUUUUAGUCAAAAUUAAGAAAUGACUAACUUUAAUUGUUUUUUUUGAAUAUUAGUUAACAUAGCAAGUGCUGACAGUGCCACAAGAAGAUUUGAUUUGAAUAAAUUAAUGAACUUCAGUCAUAUGCCCAGGUUCAUUAUACUGGUUGUGUUUACAUUAUCAAUAUUCAUUCAAAACUUUAGACUCAGUAACUCCUUUCCAUUUCAUUGUCAUUUUGUCUUUCGUAUUUAUCAUUUUUAAGCAAGUAUAUAUAUUGUUAAAAGUUAUUUAAUUCCAUCUUUUGUAAUAUUUUCUGAUCGAAUAGCUCCUCAUGAGCAUAUGUGCCCCAUCACCACCCCUAACUUUUAGUUAAUUAUCUUUAUUGUCCAAGAUGAAUUGUGGUCUGCUGUGUCAGAAGUGAUUUUUGAAAUGAUUAAAGUUUUGCGUUUGCAUAAAACGUGGUCAGUUAUUUUGGUAUGUCCUCUAUGUGACAAACCUAAAUUCGCUCUGCAUUGGCCUAGAUUCAUUAGAUUCGUUCUGUGUCCACUGGAAAUUGUUCCAUUUUGGUCCCUUCAGUGACAUGAGACUCUUGGGUUCACUCUUGUGUCCAAUUCAUUCUUUAAAGAUCACAUUGUACAGUUGAAUAUGGAAUGUAUCACGAUGCAUUUAGAUUCUUUCAUCUACUCUGGGUGCAGCAGCCAUUAUUUAAAUCAAUAUGAGACAGCACUAAAAUCACAUUACGAAGUUUAAUGCAUUGAAUUUCUGAAUCUACUUUAGUUUUAGUGCAAGUCCAAAUGACCUGUAAUUCCCCUGUGGCAGUUAGAAGACACCCAGUUACCUUUGUGAAAAUAACAAGUGGGUAUAGUCCACUUACUAAAGGGAUCGUGAAAAGUAUGCUCAUGUCCCCUCACGUUCCAGGUUGUGAAUACUGUGGAGUUUUUUUUUUAUACAUUCAGCUCAAACAUCGAACAAAUUUCCAGUAGGUAAUGAUGUGCUUUAUCAUGAAGCAUGAGGCAUCUUAACUCGAUCACUAUUUGUGUAUUUCUGCCGCAUUUGAUGCUGUGUGUAAAAUAUAAAUUAUGGAAAAGAAUAAAAUAAAAAUUAAAUCAA